UCUCAGUUGUCAACGCGCAUUUUUGUCCGUAACUACGCAUUGAAAGUGAUGGCUUAUUCGAGGUUAGCGGCGGUCCUCUUGGCGGUUAAUUGAGACCUGCAUUCGCUUAGAUCGUUAGCAUCCUCCAAACCUAGACCGCUGUAACAGGCAUCAUGACUGCCAUACCAGACCCCAAAGCUAAGCGUUAUGACCGGCAACUACGAAUUUGGGGUACGCAUGGCCAGCAGCGACUGGAAAGCUGCUCCAUCUGCCUACUGAACUGUGGGCCAACGGGCUCAGAGACCUUAAAAAACUUAGUGCUUGGAGGUAUUGCAUCCUUUACAAUUGUUGAUGGUGGCAAAGUGGAGGCGCGCGACUUGGGCAACAAUUUCUUGGUCAGUGCAUCCAGUUUGGGCGAGCCGCGAGCAAAGGUAGUGACGGAGCUGCUCCAGGAGCUGAACGAAAGCGUUUCAGGCAGCUAUGUGGAGGAGGUGCCGGAGGUCCUCAUCGCCGACAACCCCAACUUUUUCAAUGGCUUCGACCUAGUCAUCGCAACCCAAAUGCGCGAGCCCGAUGUCGUACAGCUGGACGAGCUGUGUCGUGCCAGUGGACGAGCGAAGCUGCUUGUCGUACGGUCGUACGGCCUCGUGGGCUACUUGCGGGCCUCCCUACCUGAGCACCGCAUAGUGGAGUCCAAGCCCGACUCGCAGGUGGACGACCUGAGGCUUGCUCAGCCCUGGCCCGAGCUGCUCUCCUUCGCCGCCUCGUUCGACCUGGGCUCGAUGGAUGUGGUGGCGCAUGCACAUGUGCCGUACGUGGUCCUGCUGCUCCAGGCGGUGGACCGCUGGCGCGCUGGCCACUGCGGCGCCCCGCCCGGCUCCUCCUCCGCCGACAGAGCCGCCUUCCGGGGGCUGCUGAAAGGCAUGCGGCGCAGCGUGGAGGGGGUGCAGCUGCAUGAGGAGAAUUUCGACGAGGCGGUCAAGGCCGCCUUCCACGUGUACACUCCCUACGUCAUUCCCUCCGAGGUCCGCUCGCUGCUUGCUGACGAGGCGGCGGGGUCGGCGCUGGGGCCCGGCAGUGACGAGUUCUGGAUCCUGGUGGCGGCGCUGAGGGAGUUCGUGGCUGCCGAGGGCGGCGGCUGCCUGCCCCUGGAGGGCUCCAUUCCCGACAUGCACGCCACCACAGACCUCUACCUGCGUCUCCAAGCCGUCUACCGCGAGAAGGCGGAACGUGACGUGGCGGCGGUGGAGGCGCAUGUACGGCGACUGCUGACUCAGCUGGGCCGUACGGCGACGGAGAUCCCGCAUGAGACGGUACGGCACUAUUGCCGGCAUGCACGACACCUGAGAUGCGUGAGGUACCGCACCCUAGCCGAGGAAACCAGCCCCGAAACCGCCCGCGGCGCCGCGCUGGCGGCGGCCCUCAGCGGCGGCGGCCCCGGCGGCGGCGGCGGGCUGUACGGCAGCAUCAUGGGGCUGGGUGGCGCCGCCGUCGGCGACCUGCCGCCGGGCGCCGUGGCCGCUGCGCUGUACCUGCUACUGCGCGCCGUCGACCGUUUCUUCGUACAGACGGGGAGGUACCCGGGUACGGCAGGCGGGGGUACGGCAGAUCCCGCGGAUGACGUACCGCUGCUGCGGCAGGCGGCGGUGCAGGUGCUGUCGGAGCUCGGCCUCUGCGGCAGCAGCAGCGGGGGAGGCGGCGGGGGCGGCGGCGGCUCCGGCCCCAACCCCCGCCGCUCCCCGGACAGCACCAGCGGCAGCGGCAACCUGGCAUGCGGGCC